GUAUGGAUUGAAUUUUAAUUCAAAAUUUCAGUUCGGUAUGCAUUAGAUGUAUUAUGUCCAUUUAAAUUAGAUUUUUAAAGUGUUAAAUUUCAGCACUGAACAGAAACUGUAUGUAUACUACAACUUAUAUUAAUUAUCCUUGUGACAUGCGUGGAAACAGUGAAUACACUUUCUUCAGGCGGGAUCUUGUGACAGUUGUAGUUAAACAAUGGCUGAGGGCUUAACAGAAGAACAAAUAGGAGAAUUCAAGGAAGCUUUUAGUCUGUUUGACAAGGACGGUGAUGGUACGAUAACAACAAAAGAACUUGGAACAGUUAUGAGGUCGUUAGGACAAAAUCCAACAGAUGCUGAACUACAAGAUAUGAUAAAUGAAGUGGAUGCUGAUGGAAACGGAACAAUAGAUUUCCCAGAGUUUUUAACCAUGAUGGCAAAGAAAAUGCAGGAUACUGAUUCAGAGGAAGAAAUAAGAGAGGCUUUUAAAGUAUUUGACAAAGAUGGUAAUGGAUCGAUAACUGCAGCAGAACUCCGCCAUGUUAUGACAAAUUUGGGAGAAAAAUUGUCAGACGAGGAAGUGGACGAGAUGAUACGAGAGGCUGAUUUGGAUGGGGAUGGGGAAAUCAAUUACGAAGAAUUUGUUAAGAUGAUGGCAGGCAAUAAAACAUGAUAUGUGUCUCAAGAACAGAAGAAAAGCUCAUUCAUUAACUGUAUUUUAUUUAAUUGACUAAAAUAAAAAUCAUUUUGUGAAAAUAUUAUGCAUGAAUAUUACAGAGAUAAAAUAAUAUGGAAUGCU